AUGCAGCCGUUGUCGAUGGGAAGGUGGAAUGGAAAGGAUGAUGGGAUUAAAUUCCCUGCGUCCAACUUCCCCGAAGAGAUCAGACCGAAUGAAUUAGUGGAUGUUAUAGUGGAUCUCUCUCGCACCAUCUAUGAACAGAUCGACAACAUCGCCCCUGUCAGGACCAUCGAGUGGCCCAUCGUGGAAGCGAACAUGAGCGUUCCUUCCAUGGGUCUUCAUUUCUCACUCGGGAUAACCGUAAGGCUGACUCAAUGCACUUUGUUCGGGCUUCAUACUGGGACCCGCCAUGGAAGGUGGAAUGGAAAGGAUGAUGGGAUUAAAUUCCCUGCGUCCAACUUCCCCGAAGAGAUCAGACCGAAUGAAUUAGUGGAUGUUAUAGUGGAUCUCUCUCGCACCAUCUAUGAACAGAUCGACAACAUCGCCCCUGUCAGGACCAUCGAGUGGCCCAUCGUGGAAGCGAACAUGAGCGUUCCUUCCAUGGGUCUUCAUUUCUCACUCGGGAUAGCCGUGAGGCUGACUCAAUGCACUUUGUUCGGGCUUCAUACUGGGACCCGCCAUAUCCGAGCCAACAUUGAACUGCCAAAUUCGGUGGACGUGAAGAUCGCGAAAGCAGAAAUCCAGGCACUGGCAGUGAUCCAGGUGUGCGAGGUGAUCCAGCAGUACUACUCCCAGCCAACGAGUACCUUGUACACCAACAGGAAAACUUUUUUCAUGCUUCCUCCUGCUUUCACCAUCUGCCCCAGACCAUCUCUCGUCUCCAGCUGGAUGACGGAUCUGGAUCGCUCGUACGAAGGAUUGAAGCCUGGGGAUUUCUGGAGCAGGGUGAGGCAGGCCAAAAACAUGACCGCUGCACAGGUUUUCCUUCGAUGGAUGUUCCCGUCAAACCCCGGUCAUUGGAAAGCCAUCAUCCCUUUCGCCCAGAUUGGCGAAUUCGUUCCCGAAGACGAGGUCAACAUGACGAUGAGAAACGGGGAAGUGUUUGAAAAAUUCCAGAAUGGUUUGGGAGCUCGUAUUUAUCGAGCCUUUUACACGUACAUCGACUCCCAAGACUCGUUCAGGGGAGAUUUCUUCAAAUGCCACAGUCUUUUCCUGAAUCAAGAUAUCUUCCAAAUUUUUUCAAUGAAGAAUCUACACUGUAAAUUCCUUAGAUUCGAGUUCGCCCUUGGGAAUGUGACUGACAUGAUGCAACCUAUUCCCCCACAUGUCGACGUCUACAUCCACGAUCUUCGCGAGUCCUACACAAACUUGGGUUUCUUCCACGGAGUCCAGAUAAGUGUGGUGAACGGGUCAGUUGUCAGCGUGGCCAUUCGUCCACACCGCACAUUGCUGGUCAAUAGGAAGGACCAGCCUUGCUCUUCGAGCAGGACCUACAGCUAUAGCACGUGCAUGGAGAGGUGCUUCUGGAAUGUGAUCCAGACCUCACCAGAUGUUCCUUGUUUGUCACCACUGCUUCUGCCCAGAAGCAUCAACGCCACCAAGCCGGAUUGCAGAACCGCGUCCGAGGAGGACGAGCAACUGAGGAUCGUCUUCGAGGAGAAACUGAGACUCUUUAGAGGCGAGACAUGCAACUGCCCCAAGAAUUGCCACAUCAAGAACUACCGCGUCGCCAACGAUCCAAACGCGCACGUCUGCAGGGAGGCGGUGCAGUCGCCGCAUAUGUGGCCCCUCGCGGAAGGGACGACGGCGACGCUUAUUUUUUCGUUUCCAUCGUCUCGAAUGCCGCAGGUCGCCGAAAGGCUGGCAUUGUCAGUGGGUGAUCUGUUGUCGACCGUCGGCGGUAUCGUCGGCAUCUGCCUCGGCGCUUCGAUCCUCUCUCUCUUCGACAUCCUGGAGCAAGCUUGCCUCUACUCCUUCAAAAUUGUCCACAGAAAAAUUCGGCAAACGACAAUAGGUUCCAAGAGAUGA